CUUUUUCCUUUCUUUUUGAAGUCUUUCUCAGUCUUCUUCUUCUUCAUCCGAAUCUCAGACAAUCAAUCAACAUCUCAUUCCUUUUCCUUCCUUAUUCCUUGACUUUGCCUUUUCUCUUUCUCUCUCUUCUGAAAGCGAGGUCCUCCAAAGACUCGAACACAAAAUCGCCACUUCUUCGCGUUUUCUUUUUCGCCUUUCUUUUCGCUUUUCUUUCGCUUUCUCGACAACCUUUUUUUUUUAAAAAAAAAAUUUUUUUUUGAAUUUCGCACUCUGACGCUUUGACUUUUACACAAAGCAAGCUCACAAAGCAAAGCAGCACAAUGAACCCCGAGCACUUUACCGACAAGACGAACGCACUGCUUGCGGCCGCUCAGCAGCUCGCGCUGGACAACGCCCACGCCGCAAUGACCCCGCUGCAUGUCGCCGUGGCGUUGUUUGCUGACGAGGACGGCCUCGCCCGGGCAGUCUGCCAGCGCGCAGGCGUCGACUUUACCAACUGCGAGCGCGCACUCAAGCGCCAGCUCAACCGCACGCCCAGCCAGGACCCGGCGCCAGACCAGGUCGCGCCAAGCUCGGCGCUGAUCAAGAUUCUGCGGAGCGCACAGACGGCGCAACGCAAGCAGAGCGACUCGCACCUCGCCGUAGACCACCUCUUCAUGGCCCUGUUUGAGGAUCGCCAGGUCGCCGAGGCGCUCAAGGAGGGCGGGCUCACCCAGACCGCGCUCGACGCCGCCGUCAAGGAGGUCCGCGGCAAGCACAAGGUCGAGUCCAAGUCGUCCGACACGGCCUACGACGCGCUCGCCAAGUACGGGCACGACCUCGUUGCAGAUGCAGAGGCGGGCAAGCUCGACCCGGUCAUUGGCCGCGACGACGAGAUUCGCCGCGUCAUUCGCGUCCUCUCCCGCCGCACCAAGAACAACCCCGUGCUCAUAGGUGAGCCUGGCGUCGGCAAGUCCGCGAUUGUCGAGGGCCUGGCUCAGCGCAUUGUGCGCGGCGACGUGCCCGACAACCUGCGCUGCCGUCUCAUCUCGCUCGACAUGGGCGCGCUCGUUUCCGGCGCCAAGUACCGCGGCGAGUUUGAGGAGCGUCUCAAGGCCGUGCUCAAGGAGGUCGAGGACUCGGACCGAGGCGUCAUUCUCUUUAUCGACGAAAUCCACCUCGUCCUCGGUGCCGGCAAGGCCGACGGCGCCAUGGACGCUGCCAACCUGCUCAAGCCCAUGCUCGCCCGCUCGCUGCGCUGCAUUGGUGCCACCACCCUCGACGAGUACCGCAAGCAUGUCGAGAAGGACGCGGCCUUUGAGCGUCGCUUCCAGCAAGUGCUGGUCUCGGAGCCGACCGUCGAAGACACCAUCUCGAUUCUCCGCGGCCUGAAGGAGCGCUACGAGUCGCACCACGGCGUGCACAUUACCGACAGCGCGCUUGUCAUGGCUGCCCAGCUUGCCGGCCGCUAUAUUACCCAGCGCUUUUUGCCCGACAAGGCCAUCGACCUGAUGGACGAGGCCUGCGCCAACACGCGCGUUCAGCUGGACUCGCAGCCCGAGAUCAUCGACCAGCUGGAGCGCCGCCGCCUGCAGCUGGAGGUCGAAGCGACCGCCCUCGAGAAGGAGAAGGAUGCCGCCUCCAAGCAACGCCUCAAGGCCGUGCACGACGAGCUGUCCCACAUCAAGGAGGAAAUCCAACCCCUCGUCAUGCGCUACGAAAGCGAAAAGCGUCGCGUCAACGAGCUGCGCGACCUUCGCCAAAAGCUCGAAGACCUCAAGACCAAGGCGGACACGGCCGAGCGCCGUCGCGACUUGGCCCUCGUGGCCGACUUGCGCUACGGUGCCAUCCCCGAGCUCGAGCGCAAGAUUGCCAUCCUGACCCAAGAAGAGGCCCAGGAAGAGGCUCGCCUCCGCGAGGAGGAGGAGCGCGAAGCCAAGCGCCACCGCGAAGCCCAUGACGCCGAAGAGCAGCAACGCAAGGUCGACGGCCGGCUUUCGCCCAGCGCCUCUGCCAAGACCAAGACCGGCGCCAACCAGCCCUUCUCGUCCUCUGGCCGCCUUGUGACUGAAGUGGUUGGCCCCGACCAGAUUGCCGAUGUCGUGAGCCGCUGGACGGGCAUCCCGAUCUCGCGCCUCAACCAAAGCGAGCGCGAUCGCGUCCUGCACCUUGCAGCCUCCCUCCACCGCAAGGUGGUGGGCCAGGACGAAGCUGUGGAUGCCGUUUCGGAGGCGAUUCUGCGCACCCGCGCUGGCCUCGCCCGCGAAAACCAGCCGACGGGCUCCUUCCUCUUCCUCGGCUCGACCGGCACCGGCAAGACGCAGCUGGCCAAGGCCCUGGCCGAGGAGCUCUUUGACGACGAAAAGAUGCUCAUCCGCUUUGACAUGAGCGAGUACAUGGAGCAGCACUCUGUCGCCCGCUUGAUUGGCGCCCCGCCCGGCUACAUUGGCCACGACGAGGGUGGCCAGCUGACCGAGCGCGUUCGCCGCCGUCCGUACUCUGUCGUGCUGUUCGACGAGGUUGAAAAGGCCCACCCUCAGGUGUGGAAUGUGCUGCUCCAGAUUCUCGACGAUGGCCGCCUCACGGACUCGCAAGGCCGCACUGUCAACUUUUGCAACACGGUCAUCAUCCUGACGAGCAACCUUGGCUCCGAGUACCUUGUCAACGGUGGCAUCGAUGCCAACGGCGAGCUCAAGCCCGAGGCCAAGGACCGAGUGAUGGGCGCCGUUCGCGGUCACUUCCGCCCAGAGUUCCUCAACCGUCUCGACGACAUUGUGAUCUUCACGCCCCUCGACAAGAGCCAUCUCCGCCAGAUUGUCCAGCUGCAGCUCAACUCGCUUGCCACGCGUCUUGCGCAGCGCGACAUUCAGAUCGAGCUCGAUCCUUCCGGCGCCGACCUUGUGCUCAAGGCGUCCUUUGACCCCGUGUACGGCGCGCGUCCCAUGCGUCGCUACAUUGAGCGCAACCUGGUCACGGAGCUUGGUCGCAUGAUCAUUUCCGGCAAUCUGCCCGACCACAGCAUUGUUCGCAUCUCGGCCAACCGCGAAACGAGCAAGUUUGUCUUUAGCGUCGAGCAAAUUGAAGCGACUGGCCGCACUUCCGCCACCCCGAUGGACACUGAGAAUGAAACCAAGGGUGCUACAAUCGAAGACCUCGACAACACCAACAACGACGACGACGAAGAGGACGAGGACGAAGACGAGGAUGAAAAUGAGGAUGCGGAGGAUGAAGACCACACGACUGCCGGCCGUACGUUUCGGCCCUUCAAGUCGAACAAGGUCGACGACACUGCCAGCGACAAAGGACGCGCCUCAUCCCGCCGACCCUUCAACACUGGGCGCACCGGCCCCAUCAGCGACCGCCCAUAAGUCCGAGCGAAACGGCUCCAAGCGGCCUGCCGACGACGCGCCCGCUGCCCACUCCCAUUCCAGAAAAAAACCUCGAGUCGAGCCGCCAACGUCAAAGCGGCCUGCUGCAGAUCCUGUCGAUGAUGGUCACAGGCCGUCUCGUCGCUCGCGGCUCGAUUAGUGCUUUGUCUUUUGUUGUUUUGUUUUUUUUGUUUGCAUGUACUGUAUUGUUGUAUUUAUUUGUACAAUACCAAUUGAGAUUAUUUUUGACUACG